CCUCCCAGCCACACAGACGGCAGGACGGCCUCGCGGCUGACUCUCACACGGCCCGGCGCUAUGGAGGCUCUGGAACAGGAUGGCGGGAUCCUGGAGGAGGAGGAGGAGGAGGGAUGGGAAAACAGCAAGGGACAGGACAAGGAGGGAAUGGAGGCCUCGACCCCGGCAGGCUCCGGCACCGAUGAGGAGACGGACGAGGAUUCAGAGCCGGAGCCCCCGCCGGUCGUUCGCAGGAAGGUGUCCUUCGCAGACGCGUUUGGCCUCAACCUCGUGUCGGUCAAAGAGUUUGAUCACGUCGAAGUGGCCGAAUCGGAAGCCAGCCGGUCUGAUGGGAGGGACGUGAUCCCGGUAGUGGAGGAUUUCUAUAUGUCUUGUCUGUUUACAGUUCCCUCAUCCUCUGAGGAGCUGGAAGACAGGCUGCAGGCACAGAUGGUGGAGCUGGAGAGCAUUGAACUCCUCCCCGGGACCACCACGAUCCGUGGCAUCGUCCGGGUGGUCAACCUCUGCUUCAGUAAGUGUGUGUACGUACGUUUGACUCUGGAUCACUGGAAGAGCCACUUCGACCUGCUGGCAGAGUACGUGCCCGGAUCCAGCGACCGGAAAACAGACAGGUUCACCUUCAGGUACACAAUGGUUCCUCCCUUUGAGAGGGAUGGGGCCAGAGUGGAGUUCUGUCUUCGCUAUGAGACUUCUGUGGGCACCUUCUGGGCGAACAACAAGCAAAUGAACUACGUGCUGUUCUGCCACCAAAGAGCACACAUGAAAGAGCCUCAACUGCAGGAGGAGAUAAGCAUCCACAAGGGCAAAAGGAGCUGUCUCAAAGCAAACAGGAAUGGGAGUGCAAGCGAGAUGACCUGGGAGACCAUUCUGUCAGAAAAAUAUGCUGGAGGAGGAACACAUAAACCCGGAAAGGGCGGCAGGAAGACAGUGAGCAGUGCAGGAGUACCGUCAUUGCUACACCGCAAAGAAGACAAAUCUUUGGUGGAGAGCGUGAAAAGCAGGCAUAAAGCGACACGCUUGGCACACGUGCAGGACUACCUCUCCCAACGGAGGCUUCAAGCACCAGCGGCGUCUCCACACGUCUCAGGCAACGGCCAGAAGUCUUCUCAGCCUCUGCCACUGCCGUGGGGCGGCCCUGCCAGCUUUCUCGAUAAGUGCCAAACGGCGCCACCCAACGAGAGUCCGCAGGUCCUCACCUAUCAUCAGAUCCCGCUGCUGACGCUGGACUGGAACAAUGAUAAACCGCAACAGUGGGGCGCCGCUGAUGUGGAUGACAUCUGGACUGGGAAAGCUCAAAUGACCUUGUCAAAAGCGUCAGAGGAAAACACGCCUUCUGUUCUCUUUCAUAACGGCGCAGAUGAUAGCGCCGAUAGAGAAACCUCCGUGUGCGACGUAUGGCAGACUUUUCUUAAUGGGCCGAGCUGUGAGGACCAUUCCGCCAUUCCGGAGUCAGAGUGGCUCCAGACAGCAACAUCAAUGUCUCCCUCGAAUGAUAAGGAGCCCCACACCAAAUAUGCAGCAAGCAGUCAAGACUUUCCCGAAUUUCGGGAAGAGACACCCACCGCGUUACACGGGCACACCUCGGCUGCAUGUCAGCGGCUGUCAGAUUCUUGCGAAACACUGUUGGCUAAUCUCGCCUUGAAUGCUGAAGACCACCGGCCAGACGAUCCGAGUGUCAGCGGCCCGAGACAUGACAACACAGCUACACAGGCCGCAUCCCAAAGGUCACAGACAAACUCUGAAACAGACACUCCACAGGAAUUCAGCCUCGAGGGGCCAACGCCUGUGUCCGAGCACUCUGUUGACUGUUCAGCAGAGUGUCACGCAGAGCCAGAAAGAGAGGGAAUAAUAGGAGGAGCAGAAGGAAUAGGAGGAGAUGAGCCCUUCACAUCGCACAUAGCUGACUUGGUAACAAGCUCAGGGGAGUCGCAGACAACAGACAUGACAGCAAUGCCAGAGUCUCAGAAUGCCAGCGCCGUUGAUAGGAUCUCGCAGGGAGCAAGGCUGCAUGGGGGUCUUUCUUCCAGCGGGAAAGGGGAGGCUACAGGUACUGCACACAAUGCGGUAGAUGACACGCUGGCAUUUAGGGAGACAAUCAGACAGGGGACAAAGGACGGGGCGAGCUCCGUUGUUUCCACAUCCAGACAAGGUGUGGAGGAGGGAGUCGUGACGAACUCUGAGGAAAAUAAAGUGCGUAAAGAAGAGGAGACAUUCAAGGCGCAGGGAGAGCGUGAAAUCUCCCUGAGGUAUGCAGAUGAAGCGCACUGUGAAGAAUGUGGCCUGAGCCCAAACACUGAAAACCCAUUAAAGGAGAAUGAGAGGAACGAACAUGAAAUCAGAUCAGCACAGUCAAACACAGGUGGAUUCGAGCCAUACCAAAUAUGUGAGAAAAACUUGAAUGAAAAUUACUUCAAGGCAACUAAAGUAAACGAACAUGAAUCGUCAAAUAUCCAAGAUAUUGAAGAGACAGAAGAGGAAACAUCCGACAGUACCACCAGGAAACAAGAAGAGAGCCUUAUGAGUGGAGAUGUAGAAAUGAUCCAAGCAAUAGACCAAGAAAUAAACCCAUCAGUACAGAUAAUACCUACAAUGUUAUCAUGGGAAAUGAGAAAUGUUUCCCAGAAAGCCGACAAUGCAUGCAGACAUUAUCCAACAGACGAGCCGAAACCCUUAGAGGUUAUAGACCCGGGAUGGACUCGAGCGCAGGAAGAAAUGAGGGGUCAAAAAGAGGAUGUAGGAAGAGAGAUAAACCUGGAGGAUUUCACAGCAAAGAGCGCUGAGAGAAAAGAUACUUCAACAGAACACCAACCUGAGAAACCAGACAGAACAGACAAAGAUAAGAGUCGGAGAGAUGAGAGGGUGAGUAUUGGAAAGUUGAAAACCGAUGCAAUGAGGGAGCUGAUGGGUAAUGUGGAGGGCUCUCGGGGGAAGAGAAAAAAUGCACCAGCCGAAUUGAAAGAACAAGAGUUGUCAGCAGAAGUCGAGAGCUCCCCACUUGUUGAAUAUAAAAGACUGUCAGGUGGAACAAAAGACACUAUUACAGCAGAAAAUACCACAUCUCUUGAAGUGAUAGGGCAGGGAUUGGAGGAGAUGUUCAUCGAGAGAUUUGCAGAAGAUCUGAUCUGGGGGAUCAUGGAAGAGGUCUUCAGUCUAGAGUUGCCAUCCUUGAACAGAGACGUAAAUGUUGAUAGAAUGAGCUGCAGACCGACCGACACUACACCAAACUGCCAUCUUUUUGUUGGGAAAGACGACGAUGACACUUUCGAUUCAGGUGUUUUCUCUCUGGUAGAAUUUCUUCAAGAAUCCAACGUAAGUCUCUGUCAAGACCCGGAACAAAAAAUGAGGUCUCCAGGCAUUGAAUCGUCUCACGAGGGGGGAAGCCAGUCACUCACCGCUGCCGGACAAACACAUGUUCUCUCCAAGCUGCAAUCAGAUUUCAAUUCAAGUGAUGAUCCAAGUCAAAAUCUCACCUCCGCUUCAGCUCCUCACAGCUGGCAGGUACUGAAGAAUCAGGAAAACGACCCUCAAACAAGAGAAAGAUCACUUCCUCGUCAGGAGGCAGGGAGGCAGACAGACGUCAACCUCAAAGAGACGUUCAGUUCAUCAGUUCACCAAUCUCACUGGAGCUCCUCCCCAGAGAAAAUAAGAGAGUCUUCAUGGUGGAUGAUAUUAUACAUCAUCAGUCACAUCACCAGACUCCUCAUAUGCAUCCUCUUGGUGGGCGGAUUCUUCGUUGUCGUCUUCCUCUACGAUUUCCCGGCGUUCUUCGGUCUUUACAUCUUUUCGUUGUGCUGGUGGUUUUAUAAGUGGAGGAGAUACAGGGUGACAACAAAACAAAGGAUGGUGGGAUAGCGUGAGGCCAGAGAGGGAAAUCAACGGUGCUCCAAUGAUGGGCGACGCCUUUUUAACACCAAUGCAUUGGUUUCAAUUCCGAUGUUGUUACGCUCAAUUUAUGGUAAAGAAGAUGGAAGCUGGAACAAAAAUGACUCUAUACAGAGUUAUUAGGUCGUGUGUGUGUCUGUGUGAUUGUGAGUGUUUGGAUGAGUGUUUUUAUAGUCGGUUUCCAAAUCAGUUAGUGCUGUGAUUUUCAAACUUUUCUUUUUUGCUGUGCAAUUACUUAAAACAAAGCAAAAAAACUACAAUGACAAGGUUUUUUUUUGUUGGAAGCGUUCACUAGAGCUGAAAUGACAAAAUUCAAUGCAUCACAAGUUCUCAGUUUACCUCCAUUCUUCAGUUUGGUUCUUUAAGAUUUGAUUGAAUACAUAAAUCUAGAGCAUUGAUUAAAAAAAAAAAACAGUGAAUAAUAAUAAUAAUAAUAUUCACUUAUAACUGAAUGUCAUAGGUUCAGUAUAAUUGUUUGUGUGUCAUGUGUUGCUGUGUUUCAUGGGCCCAAUACUAUUUUAAAUCUACCAAAUGGAACAAAGUGAAUUUCCUUGAUUUUCUUGAA